AUGAGAAACUCAAUGUCCUUGCUUCUGUUGGUUUGCAUGGGAGCAUUCCUAGUACUUGCCACGGCGGAUCCGGAUGUCACUAUGAGCCAGGAAAAUGCUGCUGCUACCAAGGCUGUGCCCCUAUCCAACCAACACAUCCAUACAAACAAGCGACGCCACAAUCGUCGUCGACGAAGAAAGCUCGAUGAGGAUGAACCAGAUCUCUCCGCCAUUGACACGGAUGGAGCCGAGGUUUCCCACUCGGACGGCAGCAUGUGGGUGGGAGAAGUUGAAAAUGUACUCGACGGAGAUCUGGAAACGACGCUGAGUUCCGCCAUGCAAGGAGACUGCAUCAACCCCACCGUGGUCCCGACCGUCACAAUCGACUUGGGGCUGGGAAAUGAUGCCUUUUUGGAAGAAAUUAUCGUCUACCACAAACAAGAUGGUAGCAAAUACUGCAACCAACAAGUCAGUGUUUCGGUCGACGGAGACAACUGGGAGCAAGUGUACAGUACACGCAGUGGUUUUGGUCCCGAGGAAGAAGGUGACGGUGUCAGUGCAAAGUUCCUUCGGACGCGGGUGAGAUAUGUCCAAGUGCAGAGUGGUGCCAGUGAUAAAGACGAGAAGGCGUACUUUGGAGAAAUUGUCAUGAAGGGGCUUGAUCGAAGGACUCGCCCACGUGUGUCGGUCAGCGAGAAUGGAAAGUACGUCUACGCUACUGUCAACAAUGAGGUUUGGAAGAUGAGUGGCAUCACUGCAGAUGGUUCCUGGGAAAAAGUAGAAGGAGACAAGGAACUGCAACAUGCCGAAGUUACCAACGACAAUACUCUGGCUGCUGUCGUCAAGAGUGGUUCCAUAUUUGUUGGCAAGACAGAGGAUUGGGGCCCAUCACGAGGAAAGCUCAAGACGGUAGAUAUGGCGGGUGAUGGAUCCAUGGUGAUUGGUUCUCAGGAAAAUACUGACAUUUAUUGGAGCAAACUCGAGGACGGCCAAAUCAAGUGGAAGAAAUUGAAUGCGCAAGCUCAAGAUACCAUGGCCAAUGCCGAUGGAUCUCUCUUUAUGCUCGUAACUCCCAACGAGCCACACAUACAUGCGUUGCAGACCCGGAAAUUGGAGGAUGACCUGAAUGCAGAGCCUACUAAACUGGAACUGCCAGAGGAUAUCAAAGUUCUCCAAGCCAGCUUUGGCGGAAGGCACGAGGUAUGGUUGGUCGAUACCGAGUAUGAGCUAUGGCAUGCGUACCUUGUAGACCACGAGUCCGAUGGACCUCGUUUCAAACACGACAGCUUCAAAAAGAUGGAGAUUCGAGUAUUGAGUGCCUCUGCCACCGGAAAUGGCGCCGUGUUUGGCGCUGCCUUGGAUGGCACGGGCGUCAUUUACUGUCGACAUCGGGAUUUUGAGCGCUUUGCGCAGCAAUGCGAGUAUCUACGUGGGCCUUGGGGUCGCACCCCCGACAGGUCGUAUUCACCACGACAAUCACAACCAACUCGCAGUCAAGGGGCGAAACUAACUUUGAACUCAUUGGUCCCCUAG